UAAGUAAUUUGUUAACUGUGAACCGACAAAGUGUGAAAAGAGAAUCAAACUCCAAAGCUCUUAAAAAUGAAUUCAACAAUAAUGAUGUUCGCUGCCGUGAUACUUUUGGUAUCUGUGGUCCAUGCUGCACCAGCCACUGCAGCAACUCCAGCCACUGCAGCAACUCCAGCCACCGCAGCAACUCCAGCCACUGCAGCACCUGCAGCAAAAGUUAAACGAUCUGCUCAAGUAGCUCUCCCAGCCGUUCCUGCAAAUCCGGAAAUUCCCGCAAAUCCAGCUGUUCCUGCCAACCCAGCUGUUCCAGCACCGAAAGUUAAAAGAUCUGCUCAAGUAGCUCUCCCAGCCGUUCCUGCAAAUCCAGCUGUUCCUGCCAACCCAGCUGUUCCUGCCAACCCAGCUGUUCCUGCCAACCCAGCUGUUCCUGCACCGAAAGUUAAAAGAUCUGCUCAAGUAGCCCUCCCAGCCGUUCCUGCAAAUCCAGCUGUUCCCGCAAAUCCAGCUGUUCCUGCCAACCCAGCUGUUCCUGCACCGAAAGUUAAAAGAUCUGCUCAAGUAGCCCUCCCAGCCGUUCCUGCAAAUCCAGCUGUUCCUGCCAACCCAGCUGUUCCUGCACCGAAAGUUAAAAGAUCUGCUCAAGUAGCCCUCCCAGCCGUUCCGGCUCUUCCAGCUAACCCAGCAAAUCCGGCUACUCCCGGUAAGUAAGCACUGCUCCAACAACUCUAUCCUCGCCAAACGAGUGAAGAAUAUUUAUGCCUUUGUAAACUACGGUUUAUCACCUGUUUAGUUUUAUUAAAAUAAAUA